GAAUGAGACCUCUGAAAUGUGCUUUGGAGGAUUUUUCAAAUUGCGUUUUUUUUUUUUUUUAGAAUGCCACAAUUAAAUAUGCCUGGUAUCACAUAAACUACUUGAUUUAUUUUACUAAUAUACAACAUUUUUUUGUAUCAAUAAAGAUAUUUUAAUCAUUACUCACGACAAUGUGCAGGGUCACAUCACAUUUCGUUCAAAUGAGCUGCUAUAAGAACCCAAGAGGCAGUGGCUUUAAAUGAAAAGGGGAAAAACUUUUAAAUUCACUGAGGAAAAUGAGUAAUAUAUGCGACGUUCUGAAUACACUUUUUAAUUUCAACAAUGAGCAGGAACAGCGACUACAGAAAAGUAGGUUAAGGCUUUGAGAAAUCUGCUUACAUGCUGAAGCACCUGAUAGGAUGGUGAGAAAUCAACAUUUGAUUGGCUAAUGGCUCUCUAAAUAAUGUGUCCAAAUAAUCCUGCUUUUUUUUUUCUUCUUCUUCUUCAAUAACGCGGAACUUUAUUUUAGCGUGGUACUUCAAAUUUAUAAGCAAGACAGAUAUAAAUGCAAAUUAAUGUGCUGCACAUUCAAAGUCUGUGCAGUUUUUCUGUGCAUAAAUCAAACCUAAAGAAAAAGGAUAGACAACACUAUUCUAUUCUAUUCUGUUCUAAACAGAUACUGUUUUGCAGCUAUGAGUCAAAUGUUCAUUAAGAUAAGGACAGAAUGCAUUUUAUCCAUUUGGUUAUGUUUUAAACUUCACUGAUUGAUCAUAAAAGCACGCGUAAUGGAUAUGUGCCACAUUUUACAAACAGGAUCUCUCAUGCGUUUUGGGAUAAUCUUACGGAUUCAUCUAUGCAAGAAGUCGUCUAUAACAAUUAGUAAGAACGUGUCAAAGCUUCAGCAUAUUCCUUCAUCUGUUGACUGUGGAGGCUAGGAGGAGGGAUCUAAAGUAAGAGCAAGGUCUUAAGUAGAAAGAAGCCCAUAGCUCAAAGACAACCUUGGCAAGCGAAACUAUUUUCACGAACCCAGGCACGCACGAGGUCGAGGCUGCGGUCACUUCUCGGGGCCUGCAUACCACAUUUCAUGAAUGUUGUUCCCAGGGUUCUCGAGCUGUGCCCAGCUGACAGGCUUUCAAAAAUGGCACAAUAACAGUUCCAGUGAUGCCUGACCAUGACAGCACAUCCCUCUUAAGCAGACAAACCAAGAGAAGAAGAGUUGACAUAGGAGUGAAGAGGACUGUUGGGCAAGCAUCUGUGGUUUUUACCCGCACAAAAGCAACCUUUUUCAGUGCCAUGAAUCCCCACGGUUCCGAGCAAGAUGUUGAGUGUUCAGUGGUGCAGCACGCAGACGGCGAGAAGUCCAACGUGCUUCGCAAGCUGUUGAAGAGGGCGAACUCUUACGAAGACGCUAUGAUGCCCUUUCCAGGGGCAACUAUCAUCUCCCAGCUCCUGAAAAACAAUUUGACCAAAAAUGGAGGCAGUGAGACUAAUUUCCAGGGAAGUGGCCUCUCGAGCACCGGAUCAGAGAUCCAGCAGGAGGAUGCUUGCAGCAACUCCUCGCGGGGCAGCCCUCAGGAGUGCCUUUCACCAUUCAACAGGCCCUCCAUGACCCAAUUUGAAAUGGAGAGGCUAACAGAUGAGCAUCUUAGGGCCAAACGAGCCCGGGUGGAAAACAUCAUCCGUGGGAUGAGCCAUUCUCCUAGCGUCACGCUCCGUGCAGGUGAUAACGAGCGCGAGGGGGCAGCCCAGCCCCCGAGUCCUCGUGAGAACUACCGGGAAAACAAGCGCAAGCAGAAACUGCCACAGCAGCAGCAGCAGAGUUUCCAGCAACUCGUCUCCGCGCGCAAAGAGCAGAAGCACGAGGAACGCCGGCAACUGAAACUACAGCUGGAGGACAUGCAGAAGCAGCUGCGGCAACUGCAAGAGAAGUUCUACCAGAUCUAUGACAGCACUGACUCUGAGAACGAUGAAGAUGGAAACAUCUCUGAAGACAGCAUGCGUUCUGAUGGAAUGGACAAUCGUGCCCACGACUCCGUCCCAGAUCGCUCUGACAACGAGAUGUCCGACUUGGAUCCAGGGCACUUCUUGGAUCGAGCACGCGCACUUAUUCGGGAGCACACCAUGGUGACGGCGGGGGACAAACCCAAGCGUGAUGGGUCACGAGGAAAGAGCCAGGGACCAACCUCCAUGCAUGCAGAGGGCAAACAGCUAGCAGAGACGCUAAAACAAGAGCUCAAUACAGCAAUGUCCCAGGUAGUGGACACCGUGGUGAAGGUCUUUGCUAAGCCACCACGCCCAGUUCCUCAGGUUUUCCCACCCCUGCAGAUGCCCCCUGAUCGUUUCGCAGUCAAUGGAGAAAACCCAAACUUCCAUACUGCCAACCAGCGCUUGCAAUGUUUCGGUGAUGUCAUCAUUCCUAAUCCCCUGGACACUUUUGCUAGUAUGCAGGUGCCCAACUCGAAUGACCAAACAGAGGCCCUGCCUUUGGUAGUGAGAAAGAACUCUUCAGAUCAGUCCGGGUCUCUUCCCACACCCGGGGGUCACCACCACCCUUCCCUGCACCCCUCACCCUUAUCUUCCGCAAUGGGCUUUAGUCCUCCCUCUUUCCGCCAUCCUUUCCCCCUUCCUCUAAUGGGCUACCCUUUCCAGAGCCCCUUAGGUGCCCCAACAGGGCCUUACCCAGGAAAAGACAGGUCUUCUCCCGAGUCUCUGGAUUUGUCCAGAGAGACCACCAGCCUACGGACCAAGAUGUCGUCCAACCACCUCAGCCACCAUCGUUCCAUCUCACCAACGCACCCAGGGAAUGAAGGCUUGUCCUUGUCCCUCAUCAAGUCAGAGUGCGGAGACCUUCAGGACAUGUCCGACAUCUCUCCAUAUUCAGGAAGUACAAUCCAAGAGGGGCUUUCUCCGAACCAUCUGAAGAAGGCCAAGCUGAUGUUCUUCUACACACGCUACCCCAGCUCCAACAUGCUGAAGAUGUUCUUCUCAGACGUGAAGUUCAACCGCUGCAUCACAUCACAGCUGAUCAAGUGGUUCAGUAACUUCCGUGAGUUUUACUACAUCCAGAUGGAGAAAUUUGCUCGGCAGGCCAUCAACGACGGUGUGACGGGGGCAGACGAGCUGAGCGUGAGCCGGGACUGCGAGCUUUUCCGCGCUCUCAACAUGCACUACAACAAGGCCAACGAUUUUGAGCAGGUUCCGGAGCGAUUCCUGGAAGUGGCGCAGAUCACGUUACGGGAGUUUUUCAAUGCCAUUGUGGCAGGCAAAGAUGUUGAUCCUUCCUGGAAGAAGGCCAUAUACAAGGUCAUCUGCAAGCUGGACAGUGAGGUCCCAGAGAUUUUCAAAUCUCCAAAUUGUCUGCAGGAGCUUCUGCAUGAGUAGUGAUUUGAAUUGCUUACCAAGUAUCAUCCCUUCUUUUCGAGAAAUCUUUACAAAGUAAGAGGUAGCAUUCCUAUUUUUAAGUCCCGGCUACUUUUGAAUGACUUAGCUGUUAAUUUUUUUUUUGUGCUUCUUUUUGGGAAAGUCUAUAAAAUUCUUGAUUGUUUUGACUGUAUUCAAUCCUUACCCCCUUUUCCAUGCCUUUAAAUUGGGCAUUACUAUGUUUACCAGACAAAAUGGUUAACAAAUGGAACUGACACCCUGAAUUUCUCUCUUUUAUUGGUCAUUUUUGUUGAGGGCUUUGUUUUAUCCCCGGAUGUUUGCAAUGUGUGAUGGUUUUACUAUUGCUGAAUAAGACUUGCAUUUGUAGCUUGUAUAGAUGUAAUUAUUAUUUAUGAUUAAUAUAAUUAUUACCAUUAAUGUUAUUCAUGCUUGCUACAAAAAAAAGGAAGAAAGGAAAAGAAAGACAAAAAAUUGACAUGUGGUAUUCUUGUUUCUCAUGGCAAUGCUACAGAAAAUAAAUUAUUCUUUGGACAAAAAAAUAAUAAUAAUAAUAAAGAGGGGUAUACAUUUUCUAUGUGGGAAAUUCAUAUAUAUAUAAUAUAAAAAAUAUAUAUAUUUGAUGUUAUUCUUGAAAGGAACAGCAUUAACUGUUUUUUUUUUUUUUUUUUUUUUUGGUUUAGCCAUUCUUCCAUGUUGGCUAGGGUCCAAUGUUCUUGUGUUUUGUGUCCACAUUGAUAGCACUGGCUCUAGGGAGGGAGGCCUACUCGUAGGUUUUUUCCCCCCUUGACGGAGCAGCCUCUCUUGUAACUAAGCAACAUGGCCAUUUCAUACUGGGGCAAGCCAGUUCGGCACAAAAAAAAAUGGACGCCUUCCCACUGAGAAACCAUUCUUGCUCAUAAAAAACACGCUGUCACAACUGCUCACAUAAACACACACACACACAUCACUCUCAUACAUAGACGCUAAUUCACAAACGCAAACACGUGCCGUACGGCAUCAAGAAAAGAGAAUGGUUGUUGUUCAUUUUCUCCACCUGCUGGCUGGGAACACCUCUAUAAUUGGACCGUAAAUUUGGUAGAUUAUCUCAAGUUCGGUUUACACAGUAGAGAUUUUGGCUGAGAAUAAUUAUUUGAGCAUUAGCAAAAGUUUUUUUUUUUUUCUUUGUACGUACUGGAUUGUACAUAGUUUAUUUGUUAGAAAUGUACAGAUUUGCUUAAUAUUCACAAUCAUCUGAUUAUGCUGUGGCGGUGUACAGUUUAUCAGUAGUGAAACCAUGUUAGAGAGAGACAUUGUUUGUUUGAGUUCAAUUGUACAUUUCUAUGAAUCAUAUGAAGUUGCUUUUUAGUAGCUAAGAGAUCCACGCAAAUAACCAAUUACAACAAUUAGCCUACCCAAGAGAAAAAAAGCACAGUUUCUUCUCAAAUCGGUGUUCACAAAAGAAAAGAGGGCCUUCAGACUCUUUGUGCAUCCCUUCCUAGUUCAUAAAUAAGAGUCGGCAGUAGAGGGCAAGGGCUGGACAUGUGAUCUGCUCUGGAAGCCUGUGCCGUUUGCAUUGGGCAAAUCCAGCUGAUGAAUUGAAACGCAGGCCGGCAAUUAUUGUCAGCACAAUGCCUUAAAAAACCUGCUGACUUCUAGAUUAAUGGGCACAAAAGAGCAUGAGGUGCUGUCAUUCUGUCGCCAGGGCUGGCAUCAUCCACAGCCCCCGGACAACGCACAAAACGCCAAGCUAUUCACUAUGCAUUGUAAAGAAGAGGAAAAACAAACCCGAAACAAAGUUAGGAGUUGAAAAAAGGAGAUGUUUGGCCCUGUUCUCUUCUCAAGUCUCUCACAAGGCUGUGCUGACAUACGUUCUCCUUUACAUGCAUUGUGAUAAAUAAACGAUUCUUUCAAGUCGUAAGGAAUUCUGUUAUCACUAUUAAUUCAUUUAAAGGUGAUGCUUUGCAACAUUUUCAACCAAAAAGUGAAGCUUGUGUCAUUGCAGUAUUUGGUCACACUUUACUUUAGGGUCCAAUUCUCACUAUUAACUAUGACUUUUGCCUCAAUAAACUCCUAAUUACGGCUUAUUUAUAGUUAGUCAGGUAGUAGUUAGUGUAGGUAUUGGUUAAGGGAUGCAGAAUAUGAUCAUGCAGCAUAAGGCAUUAUUAAGUGCUUUAUAAGCACUAAUAAUCAGCCAAUAUCCUAGAAUAUGCAUGCUAAUAAGCAACUAUUGGACCCUAAACUAAAGUGUUACCCACUAUUUUAAUUUGCGCAUUAAAUGGUGCUUAGUCAAAUUCAUCUGCUCAUAUUCAGCUGUAUAAACAGGUAUUGCGUAUUUUACGCACUUAAUGAAUCUGAUAAUUGCCUGUGCCUAAUGUUAAUCACACCAGCAAAUUAUUUUUGUUUUUUAAUAAAAAACUCUACCAUAAAAUGUGACAGAAAUUAUACGAUUUGAAUCCUAUGAAGAGACAUAAAAACAUAGAUCGACCUGGAAAAACAAUAGCACAGAUUGAAAUGGAGGCUUAUAUUUUCCACAUAUAGGUUCUAGGUAAUGAACUACAUGCAAAGUCCAUGAAAAAAAUAACUUUUACAGCCCAUUUGAAGAAGAAGAAGAACUUAGUUCCCCAUGAAUUGGAUGUAUUUAAGCCAUUUAAUGUAGCACAGAGGCAAUGAGUGUGCUUAGGUGUGUGUGCGUACUUACUUGUGCAUGUGCGUGUUUGCAGGGAGUGUGUGAUAUACACGCAUGAUAGUACGUUAGUUUUAGUUCCCAUAAGGACUUCUGUUUAUUUUCUUUUAUCUAUUGUUUCUCUUUUUGAAUUUUUCUUUGUAUUUAUCACUGUACUGCAUCUUCAAGACAAACCAGAGGGAGGUUACGUUCAACAUCUCAAGUCUUUUUUUUUUUUUUUUUCCUUGCUAUUGUACAUCUAGAAGUGUUAUGAUGUUUUAAAUGUUUCGAGUGGCGACUAUUUUUCUCCCCUUCAUCUCAGCACCUCUUCAGGUUUGCCCGUCAAAGGUGUUCUCGAAUAAUUUGGUAUUGAAAUGAGAUGGAUCUGUUUGCGUGGUUACACAGGGUCAUUUGCUGUGUUGCUUUGUGUCGAAAAUCCUAAAUGUAGCCGUGUACAUUUCGCACUCCAUUAAGGACACUCUAUAGAAGAAGAAAAAAACUCUCUGAAUAACCUUGAUUCAAAGUAUGGGUAUGAAGUACACUAUUACUACACUAUUGCUCAUUUACAUUUGACAUGAAGAGAAACUUUUUAUUUGUUUUCAUGCGAUGGAAAAUGUGGUGAUCUGUACAAAUCAAUUGCCAAACUCAGUUUGGGACUGUUUUUUAUUACAAAGAAAGACAUUACUGAAGAGAAAAGGAAGAAAGAAACUUUGUAUAUGACUAUAUUUCUGGGAGGGGAACAAUUAUUUGUACUGAAUGCAAUGUGUUGUACAAGACUCUUGACUCUUUGUAGAUUUGAUGCUGUAUUUAUGAGGUGUGUGCUCCCUGAAGGGUUUUAAACAUGAUUUCACUGGCUUCGACAUGUAUGUAAAUACAAACCUAAAAUGAGAAAACACUGCCUUUCUAUGAUUUAGCAAUAUGAUGUAAAUAGCAUUGUUAUGCUUUUUUUGUAUGAAAGAACUCUUUGAUUCUAGUAUGGUAAUUCCAGCUGAAACUGUUACAAUUUUCUUUGAUACGUUUUGAAGGAUACACAUACAUUGUUAACGGGAUAGCAUUGUGGAUUUUGUUGUCAAUUUGUCAUGCAGAACUUUCAUAAUUUAUUGGUUUAAUUUAUCAUAAUUUAUUUGGUGAUGGUGUACAAUUUUGGUAUUUCUGGGGAUGUAUUGUAAUUUUAUUUGGUAGAAAGAGACAAUAUAAAUGCCCUCCUAAGCUCCUUAACUCUGUAGAGACAUAAAGAGACACUUAUGUCCAGGUAGCCAUUGUAAUUUCAGACACUGUAGUCAUAAGAGACGCUUGAUGAAAAAAAAAAAGGAAAGAAAAAAAAAGAUGUACAAAAAAAACCUUUUCUUCUAUCUUGUUUGGAAGGUGAAAAAAUGUGUGUUUUGAAGUUUUUAUUUCUAAUCACUUAAUCAGACUUUUACCUUUGCUUUUUACCACCUACACAAUACAGUAGUCAAAGUGCCUCGUGUGCCUUCCAUCUCCUCGGAACUGAAUGUAUGUGCAGUAUAUAUGCAAGCUUGUGCAAAAUAAAAACUAAGUCCUAGA